AAAUCUCACGGACGCCUCUGCCAAUCCCACUUGUGAAGGCAGGAUGUCUCUACUUACAACUGUCCUUGCAGUAUUGCCCUUAUUUGUUGAUGCUGAUGUGGACCUUGCAUCACCGUUAGUGUUUGAUCCAAUAUUCUACGUCAACACUAACGCUGACCUCCACCAUUUGGGCAUCAACACUGAAGCCGCAGCUAAGCAACACUGGCUGUCGAAGGGGAUCAGCGAGGGACGACAGGGUUGUGGUAGCUUUCACUCAAGACAAUAUCUUAAAAGGUAUUCGGACCUUACCAAGGCAUAUGGCACCGACUAUCACCAAGCUGUCGUACACUACUUGAACCAUCAAAGCGAGAAAAGGCUGGGGUAUGUGGACGGAGGCUACAGCGGAAGAUGGACCAUAUCGAACCACGACCAUGACCUCUUCGUCAGUGCUUCUGGGCGGAUGGGAGGAGCCAUUGACAGCCUGGUAUGGGACAACAAGGAGUUCAUCAAUGCCUGGGAUCAUGGCAGAGAGCUUCAGAUGGCGACCAAUACUCACCCAUACGGGGAAUGCUUCAACCCCACAGAAGCUGGAGGUAGAGAUGACAGCAUCGGACCAAGCACAAAGUCCAAGAUUAUAAGUAUAUCAUCACACGGGAGCACCCUGAAAACAACAAAUCACCCAGCGUUCUGGCUACGUCAUGGCGGCCAUGAAGCCCCAGGAUCGAAAAACAGGAUAUGCUCAGGGAGGCGCCCUGCAAGAAACACUGUAGAUACUUACGGAUACGACUUCUCCAAAAUGUUACAAUUGGUUGUGCAGGCAUGUCUCAUUGUAUCAAAUUUGAGUCAAUGUUCACAGUUGCCGCCUUACGCUAGCGGUCAGCCUGUUGUUCUUGCAACAUCAGAUCUCAAGCAUGCAAUGGGAGCCUACGCCCCCGACAGAACAGGACACGGAUGA